CCGCAGUAUUCGACGCCGACGACUAUGCUGGAGAACCGCAUCGAAGGCAACCUAAUCCACGGCUACGGCUAUUCUCACACCGACCUCGGUGCAAUCUACACCCUCUCAAAAUCCCCAUCAUCCUACAUAACUCACAACUACGCCCUUGACUCGUCCGUUGGCUUCGGCGUCUACACCGACGAAGGCUCAAACUCCUACAUCAUCCGCGAAAACGUGUUGCUCUCCGGCAACCAAUGGUAUGCGCAGAACGGGGUCAAUACUGCGAAUAACACGAUUCAAGGGAACUUCGGGAAGACCGGGAGGACUAUACAGGGGAAUACGCUCGUAAAUGAUUUGAAUGGGGUUAGUGCGGAUGGGAAGAAGUGGGCUGCUGAGGCGGGCGUGUUGAUUGGAGAGAGAGGGGGACGACCGGUUUCGAAUCCGAAGUAGUUGGGGAUGGGAUGAGGUGUGGGUAUGUAUUUAGUGGGUAUGAGGUGAUGUGAUGGGUAUUCAUGUAGUUCAAGGUAUCAUAUACAUGCUUAGUGUUUUGUCGAUGAAGUUCUACAGUUGUUGUUUGAUAUAUGUGUCGUAUAAAGUUACGGUAUAUCCAUUAUGUGAUUUUCUUAUCUGAAUUCAAGCGAUUAUGGCAUUACUUUGAUUGAAGUGAGAAGAAUUCAUACCAUGUUCACGAUACUUACUACAUGUACCUUUCAUUGACGGUCAUCGCUCCGACACCAACUAACCCCGAAGUCAUAAACCCGCAUUAACCCCGAACGUUUGAGAAAAUGGUCACUUCACAUCCACCCACCUACGAAAACGAACGCCAACAAGAACAACACAUCUCGCAGAAAUCCUCACAAAACGGUCCACCAAGCAUUCCGGCUGGCUGACCGGUCAUAAGACGCCUGCGGCGCCACAUCGCCGAAUCCCCGAGCGGUUUGACUAUGUCUCACCGGCCGAGCCCGCUGAUUCCGCUGAUUCCGCUGGCCAUGUGCGUGCGAUCGAUACACAUUUCAAAUAUGCAUGCAGUCAGCUGCGAGUAUUACCCCCAUCUGCAGCUUACGUUUCUUACAUCUGCGCAAGGAAUGCGGCGGCUGCGACGGGUAGGGCUGAAGGGGGCGCGUGAGUAUGUAAGC